CAGGAGAGCAGUGAGGGAGGUUUCUGUCUGAUGGAUGUUGUGACUUGAUGUAAGUUCUCGGAGUCACGCGUGAGGCGAAAACAACGAGUGUGGAUAAACCGGACGGCAGCCCACCAGGGUUUAAACCACCUCAGCAGGCGAGUAAGAGGCGUGGUGCUAUUUAAAAAUCACCACCCACUGAUGAAAGGAGCUGCAGCGAAAAGCCACCGUUCGAUCUUCUCCAACUAUGUGUAAUUUUAAAGUGCCUGGAGCGUUUGUGCGUAAAAGUGCGCACUUCCCGCUGUGUCCUUGUCUUCAUCUACAUCGGAUCUAGAGCUGAGCAGGAGGAGAACAGCCGUCAAACCAUCGGUAAAAAUAAAAAUGGCUGUGCUCCGUCCCGCCCGGAGCCGCUGCAGUUCGCCUCUGACGGGGUUAAUGUGCGUUUUAUUGCUCGUUUUCGUCUCCGUUGCCUCCGCAAGUCGUGAUGUCGCUCCGGGAAACAACGAAACAACCGAGAGGGCGCAGGAGGACUCGCAUCACCUAAAUAACUCCACUCGGCAUAAAAAGGCUUUCCCCGUCCUCUCCGUCAACUACGAAUACGUCAAGAAGCCCUUUGAGAUCUCCCUGUGGAUCCUCCUGGCCCUGCUGAUGAAACUUGGUUUCCACAUUAUUCCCCGGGUAUCAAACGUCGUCCCAGAGAGCUGUCUGUUGAUUGUCGUCGGUCUGCUGAUUGGCGGCAUCAUCAAAGCCAUCGGACAGGAACCCCCCGUCCUCAGCUCCAAGCUCUUCUUCCUCUACCUGCUGCCUCCCAUCAUCCUCGAUGCCGGCUACUUCCUGCCCAUCCGGGCCUUCACAGAGAACAUGGGCACCAUCCUGGUGUUUGCUGUGGUGGGCACGCUCUGGAACGCCUUCUUCGUCGGCGGGAUGAUGUACGGUGUGUGUCGGAUUGUAGGGAGUCAGCUGGCCAGCGUGGACUUGCUGUCCUGCCUACUCUUCGGCUCCAUCAUCUCGGCCGUGGACCCCGUGGCCGUCCUGGCCAUGUUCGAGGAGAUCCACAUCAACGAGCUGCUGCACAUCCUCGUGUUCGGGGAGUCGCUCCUCAACGACGCCGUCACUGUGGUUCUGUAUCACCUGUUCGAGGAGUUUUCCCACGUAGGGACUGUGACCGUAAGCCACGCCCUCCUCGGUGUGGUCUCUUUCUUCGUGGUCUCUCUGGGAGGCGUGAUGGUGGGAGCCAUGUACGGCAUCCUGGGCGCUUUCACUUCCCGCUUCACCUCUCACACUCGUGUCAUCGAGCCCCUGUUUGUUUUCCUCUACAGCUACAUGGCUUAUCUGUCUGCAGAGGUCUUCCACCUGUCAGGGAUCAUGUCGCUGAUAGCGUGUGGUGUGAUCAUACGGCCGUACGUGGAGGCCAACAUCUCCCACAAGUCCUACACCACCAUCAAAUACUUCCUGAAGAUGUGGAGCAGCGUGAGCGAGACUCUCAUCUUCAUCUUUCUUGGCGUUUCCACGGUGGUCGGCCCUCACGCUUGGAACUGGAUCUUCGUCAUUUCCACUGUCGUCCUCUGUUCGGUGUCGAGAGUGCUGGGAGUUGUUGGUCUCACGUACAUUAUCAAUAAGUUCCGUAUUGUGAAGCUGUCCAAAAAGGACCAGUUCAUCGUGGCCUACGGUGGCCUGCGAGGUGCCAUAGCCUUCUCACUGGGGUUCCUGCUGACCAACGAGAACAUCAAGCACCUGUUCCUCACCGCCAUCAUCACAGUCAUCUUCUUCACUGUCUUCGUGCAGGGAAUGACGAUCAAGCCUCUGGUGGAGCUUCUGGAAGUGAAGAAGAAGAAGGAGAGCAAACGGUCAAUUAACGAGGAGAUUCACACACAGUUCCUGGAUCAUCUCCUCACAGGAAUUGAAGACAUCUGUGGUCAUUAUGGACACCAUCACUGGAAAGACAAGCUGAACCGCUUCAAUAAGGCCUACGUGAAGAGGUGGCUGAUCGCAGGCGAGCGCUCCACCGAGCCUCAGCUCAUCUCCUUCUACAACAAGAUGGAGAUGAAACAGGCCAUGAUGCUGGUGGAGAGCGGGAGCGCCGCCAAGCUGCCCACGAUCGUGUCGUCCGUCUCCAUGCAGAACAUCCAGCCAAAAGGGCCGGUCAAACGGCGGGCGAUACCGAGCAUCUCGAAGAGUCGUGAGGAGGAGAUCAGGAAGAUCCUGCGAUCCAACCUGCAGAAGACCAGACAGAGGCUUCGCUCCUACAGCAGACAUGACCUGCUGAUUGACCCGUUUGAGGACGUGAGUGAGGUUCGCUUCAGGAAGCAGAGGGUGGAGAUGGAGAGGAGGAUGAGUCACUACCUCACAGUUCCUGCAAACCGCCAAGAAACCCCGCCAGUGAAAAAAGUCUGUUUUGACUCAGAACACCAGGUUUACACUUACAAUGACAUGGAGAGCCCCAGAGGCCGGGCGUCUCAGCCUCAUCUCAGCCGUCCUGAUGCCAUCAGCGUGUUGAAGGAAUCAUCCCAGAGGCCCAGUCAGGGCAGCGCCCUGCGAGCCAAAGGCAGCGCUGAGCUGAGGGCGAAGGCGCUGGACGAGCAGGAGGAGCAGGACCAACUGAAACUAUCACGCUGCCUUAGCGACCCUGGUCCAAAGCAGGACGGGGAGGAAGACGGCUCCUUCCUCUCAUGAUAAAGCACAUAUUUACAGUACUUGAAGGCAGAGGAUGUAUUCUACUCCUCACUUUCUUGUUACCUGUUGCAUUCAAUGAGUGAAGAUCCCUGAAUGCAUGGGGGUCGUAGCAAAGCUUGAUAUUUAUAAUUUAGUAUUAUUUUUUUAUGUUACGUGUCUGUGAUAUGGAAUGAUGCCAGUUGUUUUUUCAUUAUUUUGAAUGUAUCUUUUUCACAAGUUAUGAUUUUAUCAUACUUAUUACCAAAGUGUUCACCACUGACCUUUCGCUGUUUCAGGAUGAUAUGACUGAAGUGAGCCACAGGUCCACGAUUUGUGUCUCAAUGUGUAGACAGAGACAUCAGAUAGAACAAAAAAAGACAGACUUGGAUCACCAGAUGCGUGGAGUUUACCCCCUCAGAGCACAGGAUAAGGAACGCCUUAAAUACAUAGAGAGAUAUUAGUGUAGAUGCAUCAGAUGAAUCAGUGUUGGCAUAUGAAGUAACACAAAUUUCCAUAACAGCAGCACUUAAGAUGUGUUUGAGGUCAUUCGGAAAGAGAAUCUCAGAACUUCUAAAAUAUCUUAACAGUUGAGAACAGAAAUUUUGUACGAACAGUCAUGGUCCCCGGAGCAGGAAUCCUGCUGACUCUGUUGAUCUUCUGACGUUUCCUCUGGCGCCACCAUGAGGUUCACAUUUGUGAUUUUAAGUGAAAUGUCUGGUCAAAAUUUCAGUUUGUCCUUCUGGUUUGUGACCAACUGCCUGAAACUGAUCACAUUCCUGUCAGCCUCAGCCUUGUUACCAUUCCAACUGCCAAAACUAAGAUUAGGAUGGUAAACAUUAUACCUGCUCAGCAUUUAGCAUUUAGCUCAAAGCACAGCUGUACCUGCAUAGAGCCGCUAACAUAGCUACAGUCUCUGUAAAAGUAAAGUCUGCUGCUCUGUACAUACCUGGGUCAAAAACAGCUUUAAGAAAUUCUAAAAAAAACAAUGAUUGUUUAUGUAUUUAUAUUUAAAAACAAUCAACCAGUAUAUCAAUAUUUAAUUUUUAAAACUCAAAUAUCAACAUUGGUGUGUGCCUCAUCCAUACAGGUCGGGCUUUACAAUGAAGUCUAAAAUACUUUGAGGAUAUAACUUCUUGUGAACUCGUCUCUGUUUAGUUAAACAGAAAACACCAAUCUGCUUAUCCUAGAACGUUAAAUAACCUCGGUUAAGAACAAAAUACAAAUAUUGUUUUACGGAUGUCUGUGAACAAGCGUAGCGCUGUGUUUAUCUUUACAAACGUUGCUGCAUGACUGAUCAGUGUUUUCUCAGGGACUGCAACGUGGUGCAGUAUUAACAUAUGCCCUCUGCAGAAAAAAAAUAAGUGUGUCCAAAGUGUGCUCCACAGUGAUCUGUUUGUAAUGUGACUGUUUUUAAGCUGAAGUGUUCUAACUCAUUGAGUUUGUCAAAUGAAGCUCCACAUAUCAUGCAUGCCUCGAGACUUUUAUUGAAAGGUCAAAGAGAUCAGAUCAACUUUUCAUAUCUGCACUGCACAGCACUCGACUGCCUGAGCUUUUGCUACCUGCACAUUUUGCCUUAAAAUGUUUUGCUUUUCGUGUUUGCCAGUUGAAGUUUUUUUUUAUAUAUUUUGAAAACAAAAAUGUGUCAUAAAUAUUUGUCAAAUGAAGAAAUGCUUUAAAUCCUGUCUGAAAUAAAGUUGUAAUUGUCAACA